UGAAAGGAAUCACCCUUUUGAUGAAGCUUUAUUAUUAUUAUUAUUAUUAUUAUUAUUAUUAUUAUUGACUCUGAAAAUGUGGAAAGCCUUUCUUUACUGGUUUCAUUCUUUUAUCCAAUCCAUACUUUCGGACAUUUUCAGAUGUUAAGCUUACCGGAUGAGUUUUGUGCUGUAUUUGAUUUUGUGAAAUCCCAAAUGGGUUCUCUCUUUUUAAUUGAUUAUAUUGCUUAUGGCACCAGUAUUUGAAAAUGGUUUUUCUUCAUUAACUGAAAAAAAAGUGUUUUACCUGUACUGUUUGGAAUGAUGCAACUUAGCCAAAUCAGACAAUGAUGUGCUCCAUUAGCCAUUUUCUUCUAAGCUUGUUCUUUAAAACUUGAGCAAGCUUUGGAGUUAAAAAUGACUUUUGUAGAAGCGCAUCCAUUUGGUGAUAAAUCAGAGAAAUGGUUCUUAGCUGACCAAACUUAUUCCACAGUGAUUUUAUAAUUGCACAUUCUCAACCUAUUUUUAAUCUGUGAAAAAUGGGUUCCUUAAAGAACCCUCCUUUUUUAUGAUGUUGACUAACAUAGUUGCGUGUGGAUGCGUUCCUCUCACUCUCAUUGCCCAUCUUACUCCAUUUAACAUCUCUUUCUUCAAUACUUUGAUAUUACUAGCCAUAAUUUUAUUCGGCACAUAGUGUCUUAUCCAUACGUUUGUUGAAUGGGCUGUUAUGCGGGCCCCAACAACUGCUUUAUCAGAAGAAUCAGAAUAUUGGUGUAUCUUUUCCUUUGUUGCUACACAAAAAACAGAAGAACUUAGCUAAGAAAAUAAGCUGGUCACAGCUGAAAUUGGGGGGCUACCAUUACCAAUGACUGAAAUCAAACCGGAGACUAGUCACCAGCACAGUCUUUUGGUACCGGAGCCUGAUAUCUCCGACCAAAAGCUUCCUAAAUCAAAGCGCCUGGCUUCUUUGGACAUCUUCCGUGGCCUUACCGUGGCGCUGAUGAUAUUUGUGGAUGAUGCUGGCGGAGAAUGGCCCAUGAUUGGGCAUGCACCGUGGAAUGGUUGUAAUCUUGCUGACUUUGUAAUGCCCUUCUUUUUGUUCAUUGUGGGAAUGGCUAUCGCCCUUUCUCUCAAGAGAAUACCUGACCAAUUUGCAGCAAUAAGAAGAGUGAUUCUCAGAACUCUGAAGCUCCUAUUUUGGGGUCUUCUGUUGCAAGGAGGUUUCUCACAUGCGCCGGACAAGUUAACCUAUGGUGUUGACAUGAAAGAGAUAAGGUGGUGUGGAAUUCUCCAGAGAAUAGCUCUUUCAUAUCUUGUUGUGGCACUCGUGGAAAUAUUUACAAGAAAAUCACAAGCCGAGGAGCUUUCCUCUAGAUGGUUCUCUAUAUUCAAGUUAUAUGCAUGGCAUUGGAUUCUGGGAGCAGGUGUAAUUGUAGUGUACUUGGCUAUAAUUUACGGGACAUAUGUUCCUGAUUGGCAUUUCACCAUUCACGAUAAAGAUAAUAUCAAUUAUGGAAAAAGUUUCCCUGUAACUUGCAAUGUCCGAGGAAAAUUGGAUCCACCUUGUAACGCAGUAGGAUACAUUGACAGAAAAGUCUUGGGAAUCAAUCAUAUGUAUCAUCAUCCAGCUUGGAAAAGAUCUAUUGCUUGCACUGAAAACUCUCCAUAUGAGGGGCCUUUUCGGAGAGAUGCUCCAGCAUGGUGCUAUGCUCCUUUUGAACCUGAAGGCAUUAUAAGCUCUAUAUCUGCUAUUCUUUCCACUAUUAUUGGAGUGCAUUUUGGGCACGUUCUUGUACAUUUGAAGGGCCAUUCAGAAAGACUGAAGAACUGGGCCAUGAUGGGUUUUGCUCUUCUAAUUUCAGGACUUAUUCUUCAUUUCACUCAUGCAAUUCCUUUAAAUAAACAAUUGUACACGCUUAGUUAUGUUUCCAUAACAUCUGGAGCAGCAGCGCUGGUUUUCUCAGCCUUCUAUAUAGCAGUUGAUAUCUGGAAUUUUAGGUACCUAUUUUUGCCACUGGAGUGGAUUGGCAUGAAUGCUAUGCUUGUCUAUGUUAUGGCAGCAGAAGGAAUUUUUGCUGGCUUCAUCAAUGGGUGGUAUUAUGAUGACCCCCAUAAUACACUCGUACGUUCUCAUGUCCUUCCUCGUUCUAGCCCAGUUCUUUUUCCUAAGUUGCAUUUGAAUUAUCCUAAACUGGUUUUCUGCUUCAUUGGUUUCACAAAUGAGAAGAAAGAAGCUUCUUGUUAUUUCUCUUUUCAAUUCUUAGUAUUAUCUUAGUGAUUAUCUAUAAGUAUACAUAAAUACUUAUAGAUGGGUUGUACUAACUCAUUGCAGAUAUACUGGAUCCAAAAGCACAUAUUCAUUGGAGUUUGGCAUUCAAGGAGAGUUGGGAUCCUACUUUAUGUUAUAUUUGCAGAGAUCCUAUUUUGGGGGGUUGUCUCAGGAAUAUUACAUAGCCUUGGCAUUUAUUGGAAGCUUUGAAACCCAGUAUUGGAUUCCUACCUUUCUAGGCUACUUGCCUAUUUACUGUACUUGAUCUUCAGUUGCCAUUAUCUUAUCUUGUACAUUUGUCUUCAAUUUCUUUACUUGGCGUUUGGCUGUGAAGUGUGAAGUGUGACACCAUUAUAGUAACAGUGGUGCUUGCUUUGAAAGAAAAUUCGCAUGUGGUGAUUUUGUUGAAAUUAUCUCCAGAUACAUGAUUUAUGUUAAGUUUGGUAUAAAAAAAUUAGUCAAAUAAUGUCCCACAGGGUGUUUGACACCA